AUGGCCAUAGGCGUUGGAGAAAAUACCGCCAAGUUGAAAAAUGACCUUGCCCUCGCCAAUCUUGAACGGCUCGCCCAACACAAGCCCCCAUCACCGCCGGACGGUCUCCCUGGAGGCCCUCCUAUCUGGGAUCGAUGCAAUCUCGCAUUGGAUCUCCUAGAGAAAUGGCGCGCAGCAAAGGAAGGCAACAUCAGUCAAGCAAUCAACGCGCAAGUCUUCGGGGGCAAAGGCCCAAUUUCAUGGCCUAUCGCUUUCCUUCCCUUCAUGCAAAGCAUUGCGAUAGCAUUCGUCUCGACCGAGUCGCAGAAAGCAAAACCGUUUGCUAGCAUCGCUUUCAAAGGCAGGAAUUCGCUGAGCCUAGCUCAAGUCCUUGUUGACUACAACUACCAGCUUACAAAGGCCAAUGGCUACUUCCAAAAUCAAGAGGUCUUCCUCAGCGUUUACACGAGCAUGUUUGGCAAGUACGACGCCAUGGAAGACAUUACCUACGAGUACGUCCUUGCGGCAUUCAAAGUCUGCAUGGACAAGAUACCGACGGCGACCUCCGGUAGCCUGAUCCGAACACACGUCACGGGACACUCUUUUGGCGGGUCCUAUUCCUCCUUCUGCUACGCUCAGAUGCUCAUCGAUGACGCCAAGCUCACCCAGAACAAAAUACAAAUGGGCGACGAAUGCACCUUCAGAUGCCCCCGCGUUGGGAGCAACGAUUGGGCAGCUAUGAAUCAAGACCUCGUGUCAAAGAAAGAAGGUCAAUCUUGA